GCUUAUGGUCAGGUUGUUACCCACACUAGCGCGAUAUCGCGCCUACGUUAAUCACGAUGUUUGUGAAAUGUUGAUCCGCGAAAAUGUGUCAUCUUCACUUUUCGGACCUUCGGACCUUUACAAGUGAAACUUAGAAACGUUUAGUGCGACACUUACAAAACUUGUAACCGUUAUAAACAAACUUGUAAAGUGCAAAGUGACAUAUUAAAACAGGAGCUUCAAAGUGACAGUACUCGUUAUUUUCCACAUUUCUUUUUUUUUUUUUUUGUUUAUGUAGAUGAGUGAUAAGAGUGUGUAUAUACUAUAUUGAUAUAUAAACAGUGACUUGUGAGUUGUUUAUAACAUGUACUCAAUCUUCUAGUGUGUGGAGUCGAUGCAUUUUACCGCUGGACUAUAAGAAACAUGUCAUCUAAACGAAAGUCGCCACCGUCGAAAUUGCAAGAGGGUGGAGCAGACAAGCCAGAGGCAGGGCCUGCCAACCUGGACUUCCCAGAGAGUCACGAAUCUGACGACCAGCAGAACUACUACAAAUUCUCCCCCAGCUCCUCAACCAGAAGCUCCAUAAGCGAAGAGGAAACCUACGACGAAGAACGGCCAUCGAAGAAGCAAAGAUUCGAAAAUAUAGACAUGACAAAUAACCUUCUAGUCCCAUCAUCUUUCCUAAGUCUUCACCAAGUCAACGACCUCCAGGCUCGGAGACGAGGUUCCUCCGAAUGCAGCAGUCCAGGUGCUGAUGCGAAGGUUUUAGGACUCUGCAAUAAUAACAAUUCGUUGCUGAAUCACAACAGUGCUUUGUCUUUGAAUCCUCACAAGCGGUCGAUGGAUGAUGUGCUGAAGAGGUUAACGUCGAAGAUGAACAAUAGUACGAUAAAGGAGGAGGACAGAAAGAGGCCGACGCCAUCGACGACGCCGGUGAAGCAGAACAACGAUCGUCGUGGAGUCUUGGACGCGGCGGCUCUUCAGGCGCUGGCUGGCGAAAGUGUGCUGGAGAAAGAGAGACAGCUGUCAGAGAUGAUACUACAACUGCAGAUGGUGAGAGAGCAGCUUCUUGCCCAGCAGGAACAUGCUAAGAACAUAGGCAAUGUCCAAGCCGAGUUGGAACUCCAAAGACUGCAGCAGGAACAACUGCGGAGACAGGAGCUGGUGCGGCGGGGCCAGCACGGAUUGUAUCCAGGCCCUCCGCUGGCGCUGCUGCCACUACUGGAGCAGAUGCGGCCACAGGCGCAGGCGCCUCAGAAUGCAAUGCAACCAUCCCCGUGGCCGGCGACUGCGCAGCUCGCCCAGCUGACGGCGAGCGCGCGCUCGUCCCCUCCCCCCGACCCCGACGCGCCGCUCAACCUGAGCAAGCAGCGCUCACCGUCGCCCGCGCAGCCCUCGAUCAUGCUCCCGCGGUUCGUGCCCUACCCGCCGAUAGAAGAAGGACAGUACUCCAUGCAGAAAGAGGAUGAUUUCAAUGCUGCUUGCAACACAUCAUCAUGGGGCCAGUCGCCUCAAGAGGACUCCGACAAGGCUAAAAUAGUUCGUCAGCCAAAGCGCGAUGAAGCUGGUAAACCCCACAUCAAGCGACCGAUGAACGCUUUCAUGGUAUGGGCCAAGGACGAGCGCAGGAAGAUCCUGAAAGCCUGCCCUGAUAUGCACAACUCCAACAUUUCGAAGAUCCUAGGAGCGAGGUGGAAAUCCAUGUCCAAUUCUGAGAAGCAGCCGUAUUAUGAAGAACAGUCGCGGUUGUCCAAACUGCAUAUGGAAAAGCACCCUGAUUAUAGGUACCGACCUAGACCGAAGCGGACUUGCAUAGUGGACGGCAAGAAGAUGCGAAUAUCAGAGUACAAGAAUCUGAUGCGCACGCGCAGAAACGAGAUGCGGCAGCUAUGGUGCCGGGACGGUGGCAGCGAGCUGGGUUUCCUCCCCACUCUUUCGUCUCCCGGACCAUCCAAUACGUCCCCACCUCCUAAUGGGGGGAACUACAUGAACCCCGCGUUCUCUCCCCCACUUUCACCGAGAGAAGACGAUUGAGGGUCAUUGCGCGGCUGGCCCUACCCGCACGCCGCGCCCCUCUCUCUCCCCCCCUCGCACCACCCCUGGUAAGUUCUAGAACCAUCUAGAACGUUCUCGAGAAUUCCCAAGGCAUAAAGACCCGUGGCAAAAUUCUGAUGGCGAAUCUGUUGUUUUAAGAUUUCAAUUUGGAUGCGAACAUUCUUCUUCAGUCUUAGGGGUCGCCUACGGUUUGAUAUAAUUUAUAGGAAUUAUGGCGACUGAACAUCUAAAAGUUAUCUCAGCCAGUGUCGCGAUCGAUCUCUAAUUUAAUAUUACGAGAUUUAUUCCAUUAGUAAAUUAAGAACUAUAAACGGACUCUUAUAAAAUUCGUCUUGUAAAAGUUAACCCCCUUUGGUAUUUCUAUAGAAAUUCAUGUUUUCGAAAAAGUAGUGGCUUUGGCAUAAAAUUAACCGUUUAUGAAGCAAAUUAGUGCCAAAAGUGUAUUAAACCAAGUAGGUAAUUAGAGGAAAAUGUACAUAAAUAGGUUACAUGGUUUUUCUUCAAUAUUUAAACUGGAUAAACUGAUUAGAUCUGGUAUCUUAGUGUAAAUAAGUAUAAUCCAUUUUGUAGAUACUAUCGAGUUAGAUUUUUGGCUAUUGUUUAUGUAGUGUUAAGAUUCAGAGGUUAGAUUUAGUUAAUAAUAUUGGAGGUACUUUGAAUCUUGACUGUCGUGUGGCCAUGUAUAGGAGGUAAACGUUAGCGGGAAAAUGUAAUUUUUGUAGAAGCUCUUAGCGUAAGCAAUUAAAAUGUAUCAAACCAAAAAUUUGAAGCGGAAUGCUUGAAAAUUUAAGUGUUUUGAACACAUGGGAUGUUUUGUUGAGAUCCAGUGAUAUCUAAAGCAUAAUGUUUGUAAUAAAUGAAUACUCAUAGACGUAGUAGAUAUUGUAUGAAUUAGAUGCUAAAUGUUUCAGUGGGGUUUGCAAGGAACCGCGCCGCGCUUGGCGAUAGUUUUCUGGAAGUCUUCGACCAAUAGCCGUUCGAUGUUUAUCUACGUAUGUGACAUUCGCUGCGUCUAUUAGUUGAAGCUUUCGAUAUAAUUCGCACGUGGCGCGAUGCAGUUUCCGUGCUAAACCCUGUUGGUAUACAAUCAAAUAAUUUAUCAACGUAGAUUGGAUAACGUAACGUAUCAUCACAAUUAUUUAUUUCAAAAAUAUUUAUAGUUCAAUGUUAAUUAUAGAAUAAAAAUAAAGCCCAGUUUGGAAAUAGUUACAUUGGAAAAGAAUUAAAGUUGUCAAUUGGACAUGUUUGUCAAUUCGUUUUUUACAUAAUAUACCUACAGAUUUUGGACUUAAAUACCCACCGACAAAAUUGUGGGGUUAAACAGAUUAUAAAAAAAUAGGUAUUCGCUUUAUUGAACCGUGCAAUUUAAAUAAGUAGAAAAUAGUUUUAAGCUCUCCUGUAGUCCGUACAUAAUAUCUUCAUAAUAAAAUAGCGAAUAGUAAAAAUGUAUAGAAUAUACUACUUUGUAGAAUCAAGCGGUUGUUCGACGUUAAUAUUGCCAUUUUUUUUGUUAUUUAUUUUUCUAAUUAUAUUUGUUUUGUUUCUUUCCCUUCUUUUUGUAAGUCGUAUGCCAGUAAUUUUGACUCGUAGCGCUAAUGUAAACGUAUAUACGAUUCUGUGUAUGUGGAUUUUAAUGUUUAAUUGUUUAAGUAAUGUGUACUAUCUUAGUAGCGGUAAGGGUUUAGACAGUGUCGUUAAAUUAUUUAUUUUUAUGUUGAAUUCCUGUAAAUACACGAUAUUUUGAUGUAACGUUAGUAAUUGUGGUUAUUUAAAGAAUGAUACUUAAACCUGUCUUUUAAGUAUAAUUAUGCUACUUGCAUAGAUCUCGAUCGGAUUUCAGUUUUUUUUCCUUGUUUACUAUGUAUAUUUAAGUACAUUUUUUUUUUUCAUAAAUGUACUAUCUUGCCAUAGUUAGAUCCCAGUACUUAUGUAACUGAAAGCACAAAAUUUUUAAUACUUAUAAAAGUACUUAGUAUACAUAAACUGAAAUGUUGUUAAUUUUUAUAUAGUUUCUUUGAACUAUAUUUUUUCGAUUGAGAUUAAUUUUGUUGAUUUUUCAGAAAGCCAGCAUUGCUUAGCAUUCGAAGUUUCAAAUGUAUAAGUAGCUAGAAUUUAGGUUUUAAUACCUAGUAUAAACCAGGACACAUUAUUUAAAAAUUGUGCCAAAACCCAAAAGUAUAUUAAAAAGUAAAGAAAAAUAA